UGUCAUAAGAAAAAAAGAUAAGAAUAAUAAACUUAAACUAUCUCAGAAUAUAACCUUAUCUUUCUUAUUUUUUUCAUCUAAUAUUUAUCUACGUGUUAAUUGUUACGUGCGAUAUAUCUCAGUUGAGGCGUAGUGCUUAACAGUUCCAGUAGUCUAAACUAGCUUUAAAAAUAAUGGAGUAUUCCUUUCGUUCGAUUCGUAUUUUAAACCGGCUUUUAAGAAAGCCUGUUAGUAUUGCUAAUUAUAAGUAUACGUCGACUGCUCCUGUGAAAGAGGAACUUAAUUCUGAGCUUUUAACAUCGUUUAAUCAAGAUAUUAAAGCGGGUGGUGUAGUACCAGUAUUCAGAAGAGCUCUAUUAUUUCCUAGUCGUAUUGCCCUACAAGAUGAUAUUGGAAUCUAUACAUAUGCUGGCUUACACCAAGCUGCGUCAGUGCUUAGUGAUGAGAUUUCUGCACAACUGUUGGGUGAAACUCAGCGCACAAUUGCGUACAUGUGCAGUAACAACGCGUCACACGUCAUCACACAGUGGGCUAUAUGGAUGACAGGGAACAUUGCUAUCCCACUGUCAUCAAUUCAUCCUCCGGAUAUGCUCAAAUACUUCCUAACAGACAGCACCGCUAGCUUAGUGAUAUGCACACAGGAAUACGAGAAACUGUUACGUCCGAUUACUCUAGAAGUGUCUACACCUCUUCUAAUAGCUGGUAGAGAGAAAGAAGUAACAGCACAACUCUAUCAACCUAAUACUACUUUUAUGAAGCCAAAAAUGGAAGAAACGCUAAGUGAUGUUGGAAGAUCAAACUUUUGGUAUGGACAGAAUGAUGCUAUGCUGAUUUAUACCAGUGGUACGACCAGUAAACCUAAAGGCGUGGUGUGGACACAUAAUAUGCUCAGUACGCAAAUAGCGGCACUGCAAAGCGCGUGGCAGUACUCAGCUAAUGAUGUUGUUCUACAUACGCUGCCCUUACACCAUAUACAUGGACAACUGAAUUCCUUGAAUGCCUCAUUAGCCGCUGGAGCACGCAUACGCAUGCUCUCUUCGUUCGUAUCGCACGCUGUGUGGUCUCGCUUACUCGGUAUGGGAGAGAGAGAGGAGGCGAAGGUGUCGGUGUUCCACGGAGUACCCGCGAUGUAUUCCCGCCUCGUCGCGGACUAUGACACGAUGUUCGCUGACAGCAAGAUGGCGGAAUAUGUACGAAGUACGCUGUCUAGUAAGAUGCGGUUGAUGUGUGCGGGCUCCGCGCCAUUACCUGAUAAAUUGUUUAGAAAAUGGGAGGAGAUAUCAGGUAUUCGUUUAUUAGAGCGAUACGGUAUGUCCGAAGUGGGUAUGGCUCUUAGCAACCCGUACAGACCAGUGGAGCAGCGCGAGGUGGGCUGCGUGGGCGCGCCGCUGCCCGGCGUCGCUGCUAGGAUAGCGACAGUGGAUGAACUGAAGCCAUUGAUUACUGUGGAAUCGCCAGUACCUGAUAAUCAGAUAUAUUUAGAUAAACUAGGAUUAUCAGGCUCUAAGGAGUUCUUCACGGAUAACGAAGGCAAUGAUUGGAAGCAACCGACGGUUACUGUACACGAGAAGAGUCAGGAUAACGAAUAUCAAGGAGAAUUAUUAUUAAAAGGACCUGCUGUUUUUACCAGAUAUUGGAACAGAUUGCCACAAUUAAAUGCAUCUGAUUUCACAAAGGACGGUUGGUUUAGAACUGGAGACACCGCGUUGUAUUCAUCAGGUCGUUUUAAAAUCCUCGGCCGUACAUCUGUAGAUAUAAUAAAGACGAGUGGGUACAAAGUUAGUGCGUUACAAGUGGAGUCGGCAGUGUUAGAACAUCCUAAUGUCGUCGAUGUUGCGGUGUUGGGGGUACAACAUGAUACUUACGGUGAAAUAAUAACCGCAGUAGUAGUUUCUAAAGAUAAUGCGAAGUUAACAUUGAAAGAUAUAAAAGAUGUGGCGGGAAAGAAACUGCCGCCAUAUUCGUUGCCAAGGAAACUGUUGCUAGUGGAGGUAAUGCCACGAAACGCGAUGGGAAAACUAGACAAGAAGGAAAUAAGGAAAGUAUUCGCUGAUAAACUUAAUGUUGCAGAUAAAUAAGUUUUUUGACUGGAGUUCCUGUAUUGUAUAUAAUGUUAUAAAUGAAGUAAGUUUUUUUCAUCUUUAAAAACAAAACUAGCUACAUAUAAAGUUUUAAAUAUGUUUUAUAAAUGUUACUAGUUCUGUUUCAAAUUGAUUUUAAAGUUUUUUUUGUUUACGGUUUUAAUGUUACCGAUUCAUGUAUUAUAUGAGAUGCAUUUAAAAAAGUAUUUAUUAAAUGAUAUAUAUGUAUAAAUUUAUAUUACUUUAUUUA